AUGGCGCCCAGUUCAAUCUUUGCAGGAGCUUUGCUCGCAUUUUACCUGGCAACCCCAGGAAGUGCCGCUGCUGUGCAGAAAGUGUCAUCGGUGUCCGAUGCCGGGGCUCCGCUGUUCACAAAUGAACAACUCCAGUUGACUGAACAUAUUCUGUCCACUGCAGCCCCCAAUCACACCGCUCUUUUUGACUUCGCCAAGAACAGCAGCUUAAGCGUCCGGUCUCGCAAUGAGUGCAAGGCCUACCCUGGAGAUGCCGCAUGGCCCUCAAAUUUUGUGUGGACCCUGUUUGAUGAAUUACUGGGUGGUGCCCUCAUUAAGACAGUGCCUCUGGCCGCUGCUUGUUAUUCUUCCUGGCCCGAGUAUGAUAGUGAUGAGUGUGACACCAUCACUGCGGAUUGGACAGAUUCCAACCUUCACGCGGCGGACCCGGCUUCGGUGAUGUGGCCAUUGUUCGAGGGCAGAACUUGUCUCCCCACAACGAAUGCUUCUGCCUCCUGCACGGUUGGCGGUUAUAGCAGCUACGCUGUGAAUGUCAGCAACGUGGCUCAGGUCCAGUUGGCUGUUAACUUUGCUCGUAACGCUAAUCUCCGUCUAGUCGUCAAGAACACUGGCCACGACUUCAAUGGCAAGUCCACCGGUGCCGGUGCCUUGGGUGUUUGGACUCAUCACCUGAAGGACAUCGAUUAUAUCAAGAACUAUAAGAGCCGCACCUACCAGGGCCCCGCGGUCAAAAUGGGCGCUGGUGUGCAGGCUCAUGAGAUUUAUGAGAAAGCCAACGAGCUUGGUUUCACCGCCGUUGGUGGUGAAGGCAAGACUGUUGGUGUUGCCGGUGGUUAUGUCCUUGGUGGCGGCCACUCGCCCAUGUCCAGCAUGUAUGGCCUGGCUGCUGAUCAGGUCCUGGCGCUCGAGGUUGUUUUGGCCAAUGGUCGGUUCGUUACCGUGACUGAGGAGACCGAUCCCGAUCUUUUCUGGGCUAUCCGUGGUGGCGGUGGUGGUACCUUCGGUAUUGUCACCUCGGUCAUUUCCCGUGUCCACCCUAAGGUUGGCGUGACUGUGUCGACCUUCAGCUUCGCCACUAGCACUAACGUCUCCGCCGAUACCUUCUGGGCUGGCAUCCGCUCUUACGUUGAGAGAUUCCCUGCCUACGCCGACGCUGGCACCUACGCCUAUUUCUGGGUUAUUGCGACUGGUACUGACUCUUUCGAGUUCUUGAUGAACCCCUUCUUUGCGACUAACCACACCUUGGCUGAGUAUAACGCUCUCGUGGAGCCGUGGUAUAAGGAUCUCGCGGAUCUUGGAAUCUCCAUCACCCCCAACUCCACCUACUACGAUAACUACUACGACGCCUGGAUGGCUGGCUUCCCGCUCGAGACCGUCGCAUCCUCUGUGAUGAUGACUGGCUCCCGUCUGUUCCCCCGUGCCAACUGGGAGACCACCUACUCGUUCAACUCAACCUUCGACGCUCUGCGCACGACUGUCACUGCCGGGUAUGCCCUGCUCGCUUUCAACAUGAAGGCUGAACUGCAGGAUGGCUACCCUUCCAACUCUGCCAACCCGGCCUUCCGCAACACGCUCCUGCAUGCCAUCACCUCGACCAGCUGGAGCAGCACUGCCAACAACACGGCCAUCAAGGACCAGAUGGAGACCUUCACCAAUGAUGUUAUGGGUAUCUGGCGUGCUACCUGCCCGGACGCCGGUGCCUACAUGUCCGAGUCCGACAUUCUCGAGCCCAACUUCAAGGAGGCAUUCUACGGUUCUAACUACGCCCGCUUAUGGAAGCUGAAGCAGAUCUACGACCCUACCUUCCUCUUCUACGCUCCCACUGGUGUCGGUAGUGACAACUGGGUUGUAAACAGCGAGGACGGCCUUCCAGACCAGAACGGUCGUCUGUGCCGCGUUUAA